AUGGGCAAAGACGACAUGAUACUAUUUAGCGACCGUUCUUCAUCCCUUCACCAGCCUGGCAGCGACCCAGCUCUGAAGCUUCACGGGUUUCCCAUGACGGACUCUGGGGCUAUUGAGCACGAGGGAGUGGAACAGCCGCUUGAUUUCUUCUCUAAUUUUAACCUUGAUGUCUUUACAACCGAUUUGCUCAAUUUCUUCCCUGUUGGCAUCACAACACCAGAGGGCGGCGCUACGCCUAUGGCUAGAAGGGAGUGA